CCGGAGCCGCUCGCCCCGCCCCCUGUGCGGGUCACGUGCCGCGGGGCGGUGGCUGUCGGUGUGGGGUGCGGGUUGGGCGUGCCUUGCGCGGUGAGGGGCUGCGAGCCCGCGCGCUAUGGCCUCGGUGCCGGCCGUACCUACGGCGCUGCCUGCAGCCGUGCCGGACUCGUAUAGCCACGUGCUGGCGGAGCUGGAGUGCCUAGACCCGCUGCUGUCCGCGUUGCGGCUGGACUCCGCUCGGCUGAAGUGCACGUGCAUCACCGUGUCAAGGAGGUGGCUGGCUCUUGGCACCUCAGGAGGAGGGCUGAACCUUAUCCAGAAGGAUGGCUGGAAGCAGAGGCUGUUCCUUACUCAUAAGGAGGGUGCCAUCUCCCGGGUUGCGUGCUGUUUACAUGAUGAAGACUAUGUUGCUGUUGCCACCAGCCAGGGUCUUGUGGUAGUGUGGGAACUGAAUCAGGAACGUCGCGGGAAGCCAGAACGGAUUUAUGUUUCCUCUGAACAUAAGGGCAGAAAAGUUACAGCUCUGUGCUGGGAUACAGCCACCCUCCGUGUUUUCGUAGGAGAUCAUGUGGGGAAAGUAUCAGCCAUCAAAAUUAACACAUCCAAACAAGGGAAGGCUGCUGCUGCUUUUGUGAUGUUUCCUGUUCAGAUUAUAACCACCGUAGAUUCUCGGGUUGUUCAGUUGGAUUAUUUGGAUGGAAGACUGCUUAUAUCUUCACUUACACGCACUUAUUUAUGUGAUACUGAGAGAGAGAAGUUCUGGAAAAUUGGUAACAAAGAGAGAGAUGGAGAAUUUGGAGCGUGUUUCUUCCCUGCUGGAAAAAACAGUGGGAAUCAGCAGCCAUUGAUAUACUGUGCCCGGCCUGGCUCGAGGAUGUGGGAGGUGAACUUCGAUGGGGAAGUGCAGAGCACGCAUCAGUUCAAACAGCUGCUCUCAUCUCCGCCUCUCCCUGUUGUUACUCUCAGGACGGAUCCUCAUUAUGCUAGCUCCAUCUGCUCUGCACAAUCUUUAUCUUUUCCCAAGCUACUGUAUUUGACUGAGCACUAUGUGUUGACCUGGACAGAAAAAGGGAUUUAUAUCUUUAUUCCCCAAAGUGUUCAAGUCUUACUCUGGAGUGAAGUAAAAGAUAUUCAGGACAUAGCAGUUCACAAAAAUGAGCUGUUUUGUCUGCAUACAAAUGGAAAAGUUGCACGCUUUUCCCUUCUGCUCGUGGACCGCUGCAUAGAGCGCCUGAUGAGAAGAGGGUUCUGGACUCUUGCUGCUAGGGUCUGUUGUCUCUUCCAAAAUUCAGUUAUUUCCUGCAGGGCAAGAAAAAAUUUGCCUCUAGAAAAGUUGGAGCACCUGAAGUCUCAGCUGGAUGCCUCAGCCCAGCAGGAUCUCAUCUCACAUCUGGAAGAACUCAUCUUAAAGUUGGAACCUCUAGACUCUGCAUGCAGCAGUAGGAGGAGCAGCAUUUCAUCUCAUGAAAGCUUCAGUGUCCUGGACUCCGGAAUAUAUCGUGUUAUUAGCCGAAGAGGCAGUCAGUCAGAUGAAGAUUCGUGUUCUCUCCACAGUCAAACGUUCUCAGAAGAUGAGAGACUUAAAGAAUUUCAUGCACAGCAGGAAGAUGAGCAGGUGGAACUUGACAAUGUGUCUCAUGCAUCUGUGACGAUUGAGGCUGACCGGAGUGAGACAUUCCUCCCAUUCAGUAUUCCUUUAUCAUUUCGUUCCCCAUCUCCUCUCGUCUCUCUCCAAGCUGUCAAAGAAAGUGUUUCCAGCUUUGUGCGCAAAACUACUGAAAAGAUUGGCACGCUUCAUGUGAGUCCUGAUAGUAGAGGGAAACAACAAGCAAAGGAUGAUGAGCAGCAGCAGGAGGUAUCUGUUAAUCUGGUUGCAUCUCCGCAGGAAGAGAGAGAGUCAGAAUUGCAGGACCACCAGCUUCCAGAGGAGGAUCAUCUAAGAGAUCUUAAGGCUGCAACAGCAAAAGCUAUAGCCAAACUCCAGGAUCCCCUGGUUUUGUUAGAACCACAGUGUUUGAAAAAGGUUUUACAGGAGUGGCUUAUCUUUCUGGAAGAAAAAUUUGGCAGCAAAGAGCAUUCUGCUUCCUCUGUUCAGAAGAGCAAGACUGUACGUGCUGAAGAACAGAGAGAAGUCCUGGAGGAAAACCCGCAAGGAGAUCCAAAUGGUGGAGACCUAGCAGGCAAAGAACCUAGUUGCAUUGUGGAAAACUGCACUGAAAACAAAGAUGAAACCUGUGAAAGCCAAACCAUACAUGAAAAUAGUACUGAUUUGAAGGGACUUUUGAAUGGCUGCUUUCAAGUGUCUCCUCCAUGUGACCUAGAACCAGGUGUUCAGAAAGAUUUGGUUGAGUUGACAACGCUGUGUUUUGAACUGCGUGUAUUUUCUUGUGGAAAUGGUGAUGCAGAGGAAAGCUCUGAUCAAAGUCUGCCACCAGCAGCUUUGUGGACCUCUGCUUGUAGAUUUAUACAAAACUACUUCUUUCUUCUGGAUUUAAAAAGACUAAAGCAGUGUAUUAUAACCAUGUAUACAAGCAGUCCUAACAUAUGGGAAACGUACAUCACAGGAUUGAAAGAGCUAACACGUCAUAGUCCAGUGACUUUGGCAAUGGAAAAUGAAGAUAUGUUGAAAAUACUGAAACAGUUGCAUGACUUGGGGCCUUGGGAUGAUAGCCCUCUGUUGCUGGUACAUGCUCAAAGACUUUAUGAAAAAUUUGGGGAGACAGCCCUUCGACCCUUGGUCAAGUUCUACCCUUCCAUUGUGCCUUCUGAUAUCAAGCAGCUUUGUAGGAAUCGUCCGGCUCACUUUUUAGCAUAUUUAGAUAGCCUUUUGAAGUCAGUGCCGGAGGAUACAAGGUCAUCUCUUCUUAGAUCUCUUCUGCAGCCAGAAUCAGUAAGACUGGAUUGGUUGUGCUUGGCGGUUUCUCAUGAUGCACCACAAAGAGCAAACACUGUAGAUGCAGAAGGAAAUCCCAGGCCACGGUCGCAUUUGUUUACAUGGGGAUACAGCCAACUCAUUCUGCUUUUGAUUAAACUCCCAGCUGAUUUUGUUACAAAAGAGAAGAUGGCUGACAUUUGUAAAUCAUAUGGGUUUUGGCAUGGAUAUCUUUUUCUCUGCCUGGAGCUGGAUAGAAGAAUAGAAGCCUUUACUAAUAUUGCUCAUUUGGAUGAUUUGAGCCUGUUGAAUGAAGAAGAUGGUUCAAUUCCAGAGACCACAGAAGAAUGGAAGUUUCUUCUGCAUCUUGCACAAAAUCAUAGCAGUGCUGUCCACAACGAUGGCCCUCAGAAUGGGAAUUCUGUCAGCAACAGUGGUAGCCCUAGCUGGCCAAAUUGCAUCACUGUGGAAAACGUAGCUCUUUUAUUAGCAAAGGCCAUUGGCCCAAAUCGUGCCUUGCCUCUACUACAAGAGUGUGGCUUGAUGCUAGAACUGUCUGAAAGAUUUACUGGUGUCUGCGAGAUACUGAAAAUUGCUGAGAAAAGGCAAAGAGCCCUGAUUCAGACUAUGUUGGACAAGUGUGACCGAUUUUUGUGGUCUCAGCAAGCAUAGAGACAGCUGGAAAAGCUUUGGGAACUGUAAUGAUUGUACGUUAAAGUGCCUCUGAAACUCCCAGGCUCUUAAAUAAGUGAGCUUCUCUCAAAAGAUUUGAUUGUAUUGAGCCAUUGUCCGUCUGGCAGGUAUCUGAGUGGGAGCCAUUUACAGUUCUUCCUUAUUCCUUUGGAGAUGAAUUUCGCACUCUAGAACUUAAAACAGUCCAGUGUUUAUCUAAAAAUUGAGCCGGCAUGUUUCUGAGAUGAAAAUUCCUGAAUGUAUUUUUUGAGUCUGCACAACUUAAGUGUUAAGAAUAUGAAUCCCCGGAGAUCAAGUUCUGAUAUAUAAAAGUAUUUUUUGUUGUUUGUUUGCAAACAUGGGAAGCCAUUCCUGAGAAACAUCUAAGCAUGUAGUUUUCUGUUUUCCUGUAAAUUGUGUUGAUACUUUUUAGGAGUGGAUUAGUGUAUAAUAAUACCGAUUAAUAGCACUGACAUUAAUUCAUUGUUAAACUGUAAGAUAUUUCUAAAUUGCCCCAAACUGUUUGCAAAAUAUGACUGGAGGCUUCAGCUGUGCUAUUUCAGUAAACCUCAGGACAACAGUAUUUCCCAGUGCAUUUUGAGCUUUAGAAAGCAAGACCACCCCACCUUAUUUUAACUAAUAAAAAAAAAAACCCACAAAACUGAACAUUUAGAGUGCUGCUGAAUU